UCUACGUCGCGUAAGCGCUUGACGUCAGCAUAACAACAACCUGUCAUGACAGCUUGUAUGGGGGAAAAAAUAUCGAUUAAGAUAUCAAAUCAUACAAAGUCUGUUUCACCUGGAUGUAACAUUCCUUCCAUAAGUGUGUGAGAUCCAGGAGGGACAGGGCAUUCUUGGACCUGUCAGUUAGCCAGCCGAAGAGACGGGGAACAGGAUAGGGAAGCAGGGCGAGGCGGGCCCCGCGGAGCCGGUGGAGAAGAUGGCCGGCAGCCCGGAGAAGAGUUCCACCGCGCAGGAGCUGAAGGAGCAGGGGAACCGGCUGUUCCUCUGCCGCAAGUACCAGGAGGCUGCUACAUGUUACAGCAAAGCUAUUAACCGUAAUCCAUCGGUAGCAGUCUACUACACCAACAGGGCUCUGUGCCAUGUGAAGCUGCAGCAACAUGACAAGGCUCUGGCAGACUGUAAGCACGCGCUGGAGCUGGACAGCCAGUCAGUCAAAGCUCACUUCUUCUUGGGCCAGUGUCACCUGGAGCUAGAGAACUACGAUGAGGCCAUCGGCAACCUGCAGAAAGCUUAUAACCUGGCAAAAGAACAGAGGCUGAACUUCGGAGAUGACAUCCCCAGCGCCUUACGCAUUGCGAAGAAGAAACGUUGGAAUAGCAUUGAGGAGAAGCGCAUCAACCAGGAAAACGAGUUACAUGCUUAUCUGACUAAGCUCAUACUGGCUGAGAAGGAAAGAGAACUUGAAGAAUACAAAGAGAAGCAGGACGACAAUCAAAAUGGAGGCGAUGCUGCCAAGAUUGCAUCAAAACAUGACAAGUAUCUAAUGGACAUGGAUGAGCUCUUCUCUCAAGUGGAUGAGAAAAGAAAAAAGCGGGAGAUCCCAGAUUACCUGUGUGGGAAGAUCAGUUUUGAGCUGAUGAGGGAGCCCUGCAUCACACCCAGUGGAAUCACCUACGACCGUAAGGACAUAGAAGAGCACCUACAGCGAGUGGGUCAUUUCGACCCGGUCACCAGGAGCCCCCUGACCCAGGACCAGCUGAUCCCAAACCUGGCCAUGAAGGAAGUGAUCGAUGCCUUUAUCCAGGAGAAUGGCUGGGUGGAGGACUACUGAAAGGAUCCCCACCCCGCAACCUCUCAUCUCUCCAUCAUCAACACAAAGCCUGGACAACACGAGGCUAUAGAGAACAGAUCACCCCUUGCCUGGAUAUGUACUUUACACAAGCGGGAAAAGCCACACUACGGACUACCAAACGGGAGCCAUGUAUCUGGGUCUGCCUCUAACUCCCAACAUUUUAUCUUUGCUGUAAAACUUCCCGCCCCUACUUUCCGAGGCUCGGCAUUCAUGGCCUGCUGCUCCCUUUAAAAUCCCCUUCAUUCUGCUCUUUCUCUCUCAACUCCCUCUUUCUUUCCGUCUUGCUGUAUCUAGUCUCUCAAGCCUGACUCCCUUCUUUACUCUAAAUAAGGGGCCAUGUUCUCAGGUCUCUCUACUUUCUCCCUCUGUCUCUACUCUCUUCUUUCUCUGAGUGCCACAAUCCUUGGAAAGCAUCAGCAUUGCACUCCAGUUUUUCACACAAACCACCAAUAUUACAAAAAAUAUUACACAUGGUGGUUAAAUAAAUGUAGACGUUGGCCUUUUAUUUGGCAUUACUCCAGUAUUUCUUAGUCAUUUUUUCAUUAAACAUUAGAGCGUUUGCCACUUCAUAAUGUACAUUUGCUGAAGUGGUUCCUAAAAUGCCAAAAACCUUUUCUCAACGAGGGGGACUUGUUUGUAUGCAAGAUUUACAUGAUGAUGACUGAAAAAUAAUUGUAGGGAGUCAAGUCCCUUCUCCGCCUCCAGGUGGUGCUCAAACAUCCCCACCCAUGUCACCAUACUGUAAGAUUUUGAGUAGAUUGUUAGUUUCUUUUCUUUGCAUAUCAAUCACACCCCAUAACAGACAAUUAAAAUAAGUUGAAUGUAUGCAUAAUGUACUCUUUAGGUUUAGGCUUGACCUACAGUAAUUCAAUCUUUUGUUUUUUAUCAGGACAAUAUAAGGUUUUCAUGAAAAGCGGCCUUGAACUGGAUGCAGAAAAUGAAUGGAAAUAACCGCUGCAUUUAAAAAAAAAACGUUUUCACAUUGCUGGAUAUUAAUUGAAAGUGUUUGACUAUUGAUAGAUGACAUCAGCUGUUUGGGAUGAUGCUUAAAAACCUGCUUUGGAGAAUGGUCUGUGCUGUCUGUGUCCGUUAUAGAAACAGAAAACUGUGCUUGGACGUCUUGUUUGGCUCGUGCUGUCUGCCUGGAUUGACAGUGGAUGCUCACAUCAAGCAUGAAGUGGAUUUUCUUUUCCUUCGCAAAAGGCAAGGUUGUCUCACCUUUUUGCUGUUCAUGUUACGCACCUUCUCCUCACAGAGUCACAGUUACAAAGAUUGCAACAGCUUCUGUAAAACAAUCAUCGGUGUGAAGUUUGUGUCUCGUCGCAGGGAUCUGAGGUUCACUAGCAUGACAGCACCAACCUCCUCAGUGUUAGAAAUGCUGGAAGAGUCACGACCAUCUUAUCUCAUCCAUACCUCAGUCCGAGUUCACUGGCUUUCUCUUCGAAACACUUUUUCAUUUCGGCGCUAUUAGUUUACAGUUUGUUUUUCAUGCGAAUGUGUCUGUGGUGAAUUAGGCCUGUCGGUGGUUCAUGUCGGGGUGCAGGCAGUGUAAAUAAUUUGCUCGUGUAUCUCAGAUUUUAUUUCUUGACAACAUAGGGUUCUUUUUUUUCUUGAGAAAUCCUAGAGCUUGAGAAACUGUAUUAAAUGUAGAUAUGUUGAUAACAUAAAUGCCUGGUUCCGUUUUCAUUUGUCCCCAUUAAACCGUGAACUUUGA